AUGAUUAAAAAAGCAAGUAUUGACAAAGGAUAUAAAUACUUGAAGAAAACAUAUCAAUUUUCUCAAAAAGUUUACUGGCUAGACUUAAGCAAAAGAUCAAAAGGAAAACAAGCAUAUUACUUUAUGGCACUAAUGAACAACUGGCCAAUAAAAGUACUUCUUGAUGAAGGAGCAAACAAAGACAACAGAACAAAGGCAAUAUUACCAGGAAGAAAAACAAUCUCAAAUCUAGGAGAAGUAAAAGUAACAAUCCAGAUAGAAGAUAUUCAAGCACAAAUCAAAGUAACUAUCAUCAAAGGAGAACAACCUUACCUUCUCUUAUCUGAACCUAUUAGCUACCAAGAAAUACGAUCUGACACAGAUUAUAGAUGUAACAACCUAGUUCAUGAUGAACCUGCUCACUUAACCUUGAGAAACCAACCCCCUUUAUAUUUAUCUAAAUAA